AGAGAAGAGUCACAUCCAUCACCCCUCCCAACAGCAGCUGCAGCUUCACACAAACCUGCCUCACAUUAUUCCAACGGUCCUUCGUCUGACUAAAACGAGCGCGAGCCUCGCCAUAUUCAUUCGCGUUUCCACAUCAGCCCGUGUGCCUGUCCAUUAUGGAUGUGCUGGGAAAGAAAGAGCGGAGAGGUAGAGAUGUGAAGGGCUUGCUGAAGAGGAACUGGAUUCUAAUUGCAACCAUCGCCUCGGUGAUACUGGGGAUCGGGCUUGGAGUGCUGGUGCGGGACUAUACCUCUCUGUCCCAGCUGGAGAAGCAGUACUUUGGCUUCCCAGGAGAAGUCCUGAUGAGAAUGCUAAAGCUGGUCAUCCUGCCGCUCAUCGUCUCCAGCAUGAUAACAGGAGUGGCAGCGCUGGACUCAGAGGUGUCCGGCAGGAUUGGGCUUCGUGCAGUGGUUUAUUAUCUCUCCACUACCAUCAUUGCUGUCGUUCUUGGAAUCGUUCUUGUGACGACUAUUAAACCUGGGGUCUCUCAGAGUACUGAAAAUAUCGAGAGAGCGGGAAGCACACCAAAUGUGACCACAGUUGACACCUUGCUGGACCUUAUUAGGAAUAUGUUUCCUGAAAAUCUUGUGCAAGCCUGUUUUCAGCAGUAUAAGACGCAGCGCAAAGAGAUUGAACCAUCGAAAACCAACACAAACACAACUACAUUUCCACCCUUCACCACCAUUAUUUCAACAGUUGCACAGAAUUUGACCCAAGACUACAAGAUCGUGGGCUCAUAUUCAGAUGGGAUUAAUGUUCUUGGUAUCAUCGUAUUCUGUGUGACUUUCGGCCUUGUCAUCGGCAAGAUGGGAGAGAGGGGACGCAUCCUGCUAGAGUUUUUCGAUGCUCUGAAUGAGGCCACCAUGCAGCUUGUUCAGAUUAUUAUGUGUUACAUGCCCAUUGGCAUCUUGUUCCUGAUUGCUGCUAAGAUCAUUGAGGUGGACGACUGGGAAAUCUUCAGGAAGAUGGGCCUGUACAUGGUGACGGUGCUCAGCGGACUGGCCAUCCAUUCCAUCAUAUUCCUCCCCCUGAUAUACUUUGUGUUUGUGAGGAAGAAUCCAUUCACCUUCACUCUGGGAAUGGCACAGGCCUUGGUAACGGCUCUCAUGAUUUCCUCAAGCUCAGCCACUCUGCCGGUCACAUUCCGAUGUGCAGAAGAGAACAACAGGAUUGACAAGAGGAUCACUCGCUUUGUCCUUCCAGUUGGUGCGACUAUCAAUAUGGAUGGCACUGCACUGUAUGAAGCUGUUGCUUCUAUAUUCAUAGCUCAGUUGAACAACUAUGAUCUGGACGUUGGCCAGAUUGUUACCAUUAGUAUCACAGCAACAGUCGCCAGCAUUGGUGCAGCAGGAGUUCCGAAUGCUGGACUGGUAACCAUGGUGAUAGUCCUCACAGCAGUUGGCCUUCCAGCCAACGAUGUCACCCUCAUCGUUGCUGUCGAUUGGCUGCUCGAUCGCUUCCGAACCAUGAUCAACGUGUUGGGAGAUGCCUACGGUGCUGGAAUAGUCCAGAAGCUGUCUAAGCAAGAACUAGAGAGGAUAGACCUGAUUUCAGACGUGGAUGCGGCCAACCCCUUCGCCCUAGAGACCACGCUGGACGACGACGAGUGCGAGAAGAAAUCUUACGUGAACGGCGGAUUCACCAUUGACAAAAGCGACGCCAUUUCCUUCACCGAGACCUCCCAGUUUUAGAGGUAACGUGACAUCACUGAAAGGAAGGUUCAGAGAGGUAGGAGCCAUUCAUAAAAGCUGUGCUAUGACUAGGACAGAAAGUCAUUAGCAAGGACAUGAUUGAGCGCAGACAUUAGCAAUACCUGCCCUUGCGGUUCUCCUUCCUUCAUUUUCCAUGCUCUUGAACUUACGUGUGCGCUAGACAGAGAGAAAAAAAAAUGGCCGUAAGGAAACUAUGUGCUUCCACAGCUCAUUUACAUGUUGCCAUGAUUUAUGCAAAGCGUUUUUUUCUUUAAUUAACUGCUGUUGUUUUCUUUGGCUUCGUACUAAUGAAAAGCUUUUUAGCAGUAGGUGAUUUUUGUAUCGUACAACAAAGAGCAUGUUGCUAACUAGCCAAUGUUAUUAUACACAAAAAACGCUGAAUUUAAGGUCAUCGAAAUAAAUCUGCUUGAUUUUUCUUCGCAAAUUACGUUCAUUUGUUUUAGACUCGGUAAAGUGUGAAAUUUUGCCAGUUAUGUAUUUGCACUUGCUAUUGAGAGCCAAAUGUGUAUGAGCUUUGCGUGUCUUUCAUUUCAGAUUUGUGCCAAAUUGUUGAUAUGAAGGGGAACAUUUUUAUACAAACUUCUAAAAUGAAAUGAAAUAUUGCAUGAUAAGGAUUUGAUAUGAAGUACAGGAAUGGCCUUGAGAAUGAAAAUCAGAUCCUUUGUACACAAUUAUUUUGUCAUGACACUGAAGGUGGCAAGCCUUAAUAGUUUCUUCAGCAAGCCACUCAUUUUAUGGUUUUACUUUGUUGUUGUUGAUGAAUCAGAGCUAUUUUGACGAAUAUUUUUUAACAGACUACACCGAUGAUGUUGUCAGUGCCAAAUUUCUGCCAUUGAAUUCGUUUUUUAAGUUUAUUUUUACACUAUUUAAUUUCUUUAUAUUUUGUUACAUUAGAAAUGAGAGAAAACGAUCAAUGUGAACUGAAGCAUUAAUGGUCUGUCUUUGAGGUUCUGGAACUGAAUUACCACCAUAAAGCACACCAUUGUACAACUGUAUUUAUACAGAACAGUAGUCAAAUUAGUUAUACUGUAUGAUUCAACAAGUACUGUAUGUGUAUCCACAAAAUAAUAAAGACAAAUGUCAACACCUGAAAAA